AACAACAACCAAAAAUGAAAACCUUCGUGUGUGUGCUUCUCUUGGCGGCUUUGGUGGCCGCUGAACCACCUCGCUUUAGACAAACGUUUAGGUUUGGGAGACAAGAAGUCGAAGAAGAUAAUAAAGAAUCCGCUAAAUCUGAAAGCGGAGAUGCUCCGUACCCUGCAUCUGGAUUUAAACCCACGAAGGAGUUCAAUUUGCCAUCACGUCAAGAGCUAACUCCUCCUUCUACCGCGUAUGGAGUUCCCGAUACUAGUUACAGCGCUCCUUUGAGCACAUACUCUGCUCCACAAACAGAGUAUGGAGUUCCAAAAUCUGGAGAAGAAGAUGGCGAAGAAAGCAACAAAAAGGAAGAAGACAACGACUCUGAAACAGUUGAAAGUGCUGACAGCAAUGGAAAGAGUGAAAAAAAAGAGAAGUCUGGAAAGAAAGAAAAAGAAAACCUUGAGGAAUCACCUAAAAACGAUGCGGUCAUAAGUGGACAGGGUGUUUACUAUGUGCUUCUACCUGGGUCGCAGUUACAACGAGUACAAUUCCAGACCGUAAACGACCUUGCCAACAUGGCAUACACAGCCCGUCUUCAAUACAAGAAUGAGGACCGCGCCCCUAUUUAUUUGUACAACCCAGUGCCGCAAUACCAAACUUCCGCCGCCGCUUACUACCAGGCCCCUUCGGCAGCUUACUACCAACCCUCCGCCGCCUAUUAUCAGUGGUAAACCAACAAUUUAUGAGGCCCUUUGGAGUGUAGUGUCGUGUUACAAAAGGACACAAUUCUCACUUGGACGGUUAACCUUUAUAAUGGAUUUAUGUUCGUGAGCUAAUGAGUUCGUGUUGUGAUUGCGUUCACGUUGCCAUAGAUAAUUUAUGUAAUUUAUUCAGAACGUAAAUAAAAGUCU